AUGGCACACUACAACAGCAGAUCCAACACUAGUUUACGUUCCAGAGGUUCUUUUGGUGCGAACGUCCCUCCACCUCAGCCAGACAUUUACUACGUCGGGGUAGAUGUGGGUACAGGGUCAGCUAGAGCUUGUAUCAUAGAUACCAAUGGGAUAAUUUUGGCCUUAUCUGAAAGACCUAUAACCAGACAUGAAUUGAAGGCAAAUUACAUCACUCAAUCACUGACAGAAAUAUGGCUGGCCAUCUGUUUUUGUGUUAAAAAUUGUAUUAGGGAACUGGAAAUUGACCCCCUGGAAAUUUUUGGUAUUGGUUUUGAUGCCACUUGCUCCUUAGUGGUUUUGGAUGAAAAGGAUGAUGCUCCAAUUGGGGUCGGCCCUGAUUUUUCAGACAAUAAAGAAAACAUUAUCUUAUGGAUGGACCAUAGAGCUGUUGACGAAACCAAUGCUAUUAAUAGUACUGGUGAUAAAUGUCUCAAGUAUGUUGGUGGCCAGAUGUCCAUAGAGAUGGAAUUGCCCAAAAUGAUGUGGUUGAAACGUCACUUACCCGGAGGAAUCGAACGGUGUAAGUUCUACGAUUUGGCAGAUUUCUUAACCCAUAAGGCUACGGGACUGGAAGCCAGAUCAUACUGUAGUACAGUCUGUAAGCAAGGGUUCGUUCCCAUUGGUGUAGAUGGGUCCACAACGGGCUGGUCAAAGGAGUUUUUGGAAGGACUCGAUUUACCCGAGUUGGUUGAAGACCAAUUCCGUCGUUUAGGAGGUGUUCCUGGUAAGAAUGGAGUAUUCUUAAGUGCUGGUGAAAUUGUAGGGAAAUUAAACUCUCAAGCUGCUGAAGAACUCGGUUUAACCGUCGAAUGUAUUGUUGGUAGUGGUGUCAUUGAUGCUUAUGCUGGUUGGAUUGGAACUGUUGCUGGUAAGGUAGACAUUCCCCAUCUCCAAGAAAUGGCUGAAAAAUCAAAUAGUUCCAUUGGUACCACUUGCGGUAGAUUGGCUGCUGUUGCCGGUACUUCGACAUGCCAUAUUGCUAUGACGAAAGAACCUUGUUUUGUCAAAGGUGUAUGGGGCCCUUACAAAGAUGUCAUGGCUCCUGAUUAUUGGAUGGCAGAAGGUGGACAAAGUAUUACUGGUCAAUUAUUGGCACAUGUCUUGGGUACUCAUCCAGCUAAUAGUGAGUUAACCAGUUUGGCAGAAACAUCCAAUGUAUCCAAGUUUGAUUAUUUAAAUCUCACAUUAGAGAACUUGGUUCAUGAAAACAGGGAAAGAAGUGUGGUAUCAUUAGCCAAAUACAUGUUCUUUUAUGGUGAUUUCCAUGGGAACAGGUCACCUGUUGCUGAUCCAAACAUGAGAGCUUCGAUUAUUGGACAAUCAAUGGAUAAUACAGUUAAUGCUCUUGCCAUUUUAUAUUUUGGAGCUUGUGAAUUUAUUGCUCAACAAACAAGACAAAUUGUUGAAGAAAUGGAGGAAAGUGGCCACAAGAUUUCAUGUAUCUUUAUGAGUGGUGGUCAAUGUCGUAAUGGGUUAUUGAUGAGACUUUUAGCCGAUUGCACUGGCUUACCUGUUGUAAUUCCUAGAUACAUUGAUGCUGCCGUUGUUUUUGGAUCUGCCAUUUUGGGUGCAGUUGCAGCACAAGAAUCAGUUGAAGAGCAUAUUACAAAGAAGGGUCGUACCAAGCGUUCAGAUUCUUUAAGUAAGUCUGCAUCCAAUUUGGCUGGGUUAUCACUUCCUUCUCAAGGUUCACUUAUCAAUCCUGGAUCCAGAGAUGGUACUCAUUCACCUUAUACAGCACCAAGUGCCACCAGUUCUACAACAAAUAUGGCUACUUUUGCUUACGGAGGACAUUCUAGUACUGCAAAUGUGCCAAGUUUGACUCCUAUGGCUGAAGAAAACGCAGACUAUUUCAGUCAACAAGCGCAAAAGCCUUCACAUUCUAGUUCUGCUUUCGCAGAUACCGACGAUGAAGAUGAUGAAGGUACACUUUCAUUCGGUUCAAAGCAAAAGGUCCAGCAAGAUUUAUCUCACCUGUUACUGAAGUUAGGAUUGAAGCCUUUGACCAAUAUCAGAUCGGAAACGACCCAUCCAGGUGAUAAGCUUUGGAAGACCAUGGAGAAGAUGACAGGCCCUGGGAAAGUGAUUAUGCCUAGCAACAAGGAAGAUCCAGAUCGUAAGUUAUUGAAUGCCAAGUACUCUAUUUUCUUGAAACAAUGCAAGGAACAACAAGAGUUCCGUAAACUCGUGGAUUUGGUAGAGGUGGAGAACGCCAGGGUCAUUGGUAUGUCGUAA